GGCGGUAGAGCAACAUGGACAUACGCCGGACAGAACAUUCUUCGCUGACAAAUAGCUUCCUGUCUUUGACUCCAGAGAGGGAAAGUUCGAAACAACAACAGAGACACGAGCGGUUGUAUUUUGAAAUAUUUGUAAAGGAUUGUGUGACAACGAUGUCUCGCGUAUCUGCUCCAUGUUUGCUGGACAGAUGGACUGAAGAAAAUAACGCUAUCGUAGACAAGUGGAAGCAACAUCGUGACAGAGGAGACGCAGUAACUCGGGAACAGGGUCUGACACUACUGAAGUGGUGCUACGUGGAGAGUCACAAACUAUUACAGAAAAUACAAGGUGUACUUGCGGUGCCGGCCCAUGUCCAGUUGGAGUUGACUGUGGUGUAUAACUGCUGUCUGUUCUCCUUCAGUCAGACACAACUCACUGAGGCAGAGCAUGUCCUCACACACAGCCUGGAGAGAGCUCUCGGUGCUGUAGGUUGUGAUCGUCCACCUCCCAACCCCCCAGUGUUCUGGUGUAUGGUUCUAAAGUCCCUGGGUUCCACACCUUCCCUGCGCUCCUGUGCUCUGCAUCUGCUCUGUCUGAGCUGGGCUCUCUGGCUGUCUACCUGCAGACUGGGGCACAUACAGGAGCUGCAGGAAGAGCUGCAAUCACUCUCUGAGGGACUGGGGGCAGUAGAGGUGGCUGUGGAGAGGAGUGCAGUCAGGCCAGCGGUGCUAGUGCACCCCGGGGAUCUAAAAGACCUCCUUCUCAUCUGCACUGUCAUCGCUCAAGGUGCUGAGCUGCUGUGUGAGGGGCGGUGUUCAGAGGCCCUGACUGUUCUUCAGAGAGACCCCUCCCCAUUGGCCCCCAGAGAACUGCUGGCCCAGAUACACACUCUCACAGGCCUCUGCCUCAGCCGCACGGGUCGUCCACACAGUGCUAUGCAGUGUUAUAGGAAGGCGUUGGAGACGGACGUGAGGUGUGUGUGUGCGCUGCACCAGAGCAUCCUGGUCUACAGGCAGUUGGGAAACACACAAGCAGAGAUCCAGGCUCUACGUCUGCUACACUCAGUUCUGAUAAUGCCACCUGCCACCCAGCCUGCUGUGGCCCCACCUAUCAUCUGUCCCGCCUCUCUGCUCCCUGGCCAAUCCCUAUCCAGCCUGCUUUCUGUCCCCUCCCCCCUCAGCGUACUACACAGUCUGGCUCAGAAGUGUGUGCUCCAUGGAAGUGUGUCAGAGGGUGUAGAGCACUACCUGGACCUCCUAGCUGCUCUUCAGUCAGAUCACCAGCUGUCUCAGGGGUUCUCUGAGGCCCCUUCGCUCCCCAGGUUACCUGAGCUCUACCUGGAGGCUGGCUCCUCCCUGCUGACCGCCCAGCGGCCUACAGACUGCCUGGCACUUUGUGAUGAAGUCAUCAGUACGACUCUGGAGCUGCUCCCAGAGAGGCUGUUGCUGGAGGAGCCCAUGGAGGCAUCUGUGCCUGGGUCUCCAGACAAGCUGGGGUUAGGCCAGGACCGGCUGGGUGUGGUGCUGUGGUCUGGGGCUGCCUACCUUCUCCAGGCCCACUGUUACUCCCACCUCAAGGACUGGAAGCAGGCUGUCACCCACUACACCAGGUGCAUCAACCUGCUGAUGAAGGUGUCUGUUAAACAGAAAGGCUGUGUGAAGCUGGAGCUAGGUGUUAGGACCCUGCAGAGGCUGAAAGGGCUGGCUCUGGCAGGGAGAGGAAUCAGCUUCACACACAGAGACCAGAAGAGGGAAUCCCUGAGAGACCUACAGCUCAGCCUGCAGGCUGCACCAGGGUGUGCGAGCGCUGGGCUGUGGCUGACUGAGGUGCUGUGGAGGCUGGGGAGGAGACAGGAGGCUGCAGCCUUUUGGGAGAAGACCCAGAGCUCCAGCACAGCUCCAUCAUUAGAAGGUGUUCCCCUGUACCUGCUGGACCCCCAGACUGGCCCCUCCCUGGACCUCACUGACCUCCAAUGCAGAGUGGAGGAGUUCAUCAAUGCUCAGCACAGCUAGGGUGUGUCCACAUAAGUUCUGGGAUGUCUUCAUAAGGCUUAGUAAGCCCUGUACCUGGGACAAGCUGGUUUUACCCACCUGACAUAGUGCGAGGUUCAUAUCCUGGCUGAAGUGGAGUUGGAACUCUGUUAACCUCUGAAGCCCAGCCAAGAUUUUGGAGGAUGGUCACUCGAGAUUAGAACUCUGUAGACCAACUGUGCCACUGUGAGCUGUAGCCACACUGCCUGGCGAGGCAGUAGCCUGUCCUGUUCCGCAUACAGAAGGAAUAGGACAGGCAACUCUUUGGGAAUGCCACAGUGCUCUGUCUCAGUGACUUAUGUAACAAUGUGUCAGUAGUACAUUAUAGUGAUAUGACAAAUAUGAUACGGUGUUGCCUUAUUUCUGUAAAUAUGUAAAAAAAUAUAUUAAAAAAAUAGAAAUGAUUUUUUAUUUACUCAGCACCAUAAACCACACUCUUUAUCUCUUCUGUGUCAGUUAUU